AUGCUCGAUCCAGCCACAAAACACUACUUCAACGCACAGUACCUCAGUUUCCGCAUAAUGGAAAUGGACCGUUACACGUCCAUGACACUAGGCCUUCCCAUGUCCUCCCUCGGUACUUACUUCGAGUUCACCAACACCACCACCACCGCCAAUAUAUCGUCCAACAUCGACAACGACGCCUUUGUUCAUCUCCCCUCGAUGGACAGAAUGGCCCAUGUCCACGUCUUCAUCUCCGGAUUACUCCUCUCACGAACCGGUUGUGAGUCUCCUAGCGAGAUCUCACAGCAAACCCAGGAAAUUAGCCAUAUGCUGCAUUCGGUGGCUGCGGCCAUGCCUGCUGCAUGGUGGCUGAUCCCUAGCUACGAAGCCUCUGGUGCCGCUCGUGACGCAUCAGUCGAUACCUUUCAUGAGAUGGCCCGCCUAAACUACCAAUGCGCACAUUAUCAUAUUCUCAUACGCCUUCAUCUACCGUACGUGCUGGAUCGCUCACCGGACAGCCGUUUCGACGAUAGCAAGGUUGUGGCGGUCACUGCGAGCCGCGAGUUACUCACCCGAAGCCUUGCCUUUCGGACGUGGAUCGCGGGGCAAUGCUACUGUCGCACCAUAGACUACUUGUCUUUUGUAGCGUUCGUGGUUUUGUGCAUUGCGCACGUUGAUCAGAGUAAUGGGGCUGCGAAUCAUGCGCAGCAGCAGUCCUUGCAGCAGAAUCGGCCCAGCGAUUGCGCGUUGAUGGAGCGCAUGGUGGGUAUACUGGACGCCAUGGACAACGAUGCUAUUGCCAUGAAGCUUUCGCGCAUUAUGCACCAUUUGCUUGAUGUGGAAGCCGCGGCGGCGAACGGCGCCGAGUUUAGCACUGUGGCUAGUGCGGAAAGUGAUGAGGAAGGGGCGACGGACUAUGAUGGCCAUUUUGUAGAUGAGGCCAAGACGAUGCUGCAGCUUCGUAUACCCUACUUUGGCUCUAUCAAUCUUCAACGCAGGGUCAUCUCCAAGUCUCAUGGAGAUGCGGAUGGCUACGGGCAGUCGGCGUUGACAGUGGCGCAGACUGAUCUAGGACAAGCAAGCCAACCGUUGGAGGAUGUUCUACCGUUGUUCUUCGAAUGGGAUGCGCAAUGGUCGCAGCUCGACCCCUCUCAAGACUUAUAUGCAACAGAUGACUGGACGUUGCAGAACAUCAACGAAGGCUUGUUUGGAGAUCUUUUUAGAAGUAGAAACGAAUAA